AUGGCAAAAGAGAACUCAGCUUUCUCCGCCGCCCCCAAGACCCCCGUCUCCGAGUGCAAAGCACCCCUCCCCUCCCACCCGGCCAAGUCGGCGGCCUUGCGGCGCCUGGGCGAAGGCCCCGAGAAGGCCGAGAAGAAGCGGGGGCGCCAGCGCUACGUGGAGAAGGACGGGAAGUGCAACGUCCAGCACGGGAACGUGCGGGAGACCUACCGCUACCUCACCGACAUCUUCACCACGCUGGUGGACCUGAAGUGGCGCUUCAGCCUGCUGGUCUUCAUUCUGGCCUACGCCGUCACGUGGCUCUUCUUCGGCCUCAUCUGGUGGUUCAUCGCGUACUGCCGCGGCGACCUGGACCACCUUGGGGAUGACGCGUGGACGCCCUGCGUCAACAAUCUCAAUGGCUUUGUCUCUGCCUUCCUCUUUUCCAUCGAGACCGAGACGACGAUCGGCUACGGGCACCGGGUCAUCACCGACAAGUGCCCCGAGGGCAUUGUGCUGCUCCUGCUGCAGGCCAUCCUGGGCUCCAUGGUCAACGCCUUCAUGGUGGGGUGCAUGUUCGUCAAAAUCUCCCAGCCCAACAAGCGGGCAGAGACGCUGGUGUUUUCCUCCCACGCUGUCAUCUCGCUGCGGGACGACCACCUGUGCCUCAUGUUCCGGGUCGGGGACCUGCGCAACUCCCACAUCGUCGAGGCCUCGAUCCGGGCCAAGCUGAUCAAGUCAAAGCAGACCCAGGAAGGGGAGUUCAUCCCCCUCAACCAGACGGACAUCAGCGUGGGCUUCGAGACGGGCGACGACCGCCUCUUCCUCGUCUCCCCGCUGAUCAUCAGCCACGAGAUCAACGAGCACAGCCCCUUCUGGGAGGUCUCCAAGGAACAGCUGCAGAAGGAUGAGUUUGAGAUCGUGGUCAUCCUGGAAGGGAUGGUGGAGGCCACAGGUAUGACGUGCCAAGCUCGGAGCUCCUACCUGGUGGACGAGGUCCUGUGGGGACAUCGCUUUAUGUCAGUCCUCACCUUGGAGGACGGGUUUUACGAGGUGGACUAUAACAGCUUCCACCAGACCUUCGAGGUGCCCACCCCCAGCUGCAGUGCCCGGGAGCUGGCGGAGGCUGCGGCUCGCAUGGACGCCCACCUGUACUGGUCCAUCCCCAGCCGGCUGGACGAGAAAGUGGAGGAGGGGACGGAGAAGGGAGGGGGAGAAGGAGAAGAGGGGGACAAGGAGAGGAACGGGAACCUCACCAGCACCGAGAGCGAGAGCAAGGUUUAA